AUGGAUACGAUACCGAUAAGUAAAUCGUCAUCCAGCCUCUCCUCAUUGCAUACUGAAUCCGAUAUCUCUGAUUCAGAAACUUCCAAUCCUGAUCUAACACCAGAACCUAUUUUCAUUCAAAACAUUGAACCUGAACAUUCUGCAUUAUCUGAUGAUGAAUUGUCUGAUGCACCUAGGACAUGCAUGUCUCCAGUAGAAGAGUCAGUCAUUGUAAAUAUAGAGUCAGAUAGUGAUGUAAAAAAAGUCCAUGUAGGGUCCUCAUUGUCUCAUGAUGAACAGUCCUCAUUCAUUGCAUUACUGAAAGAAGCGCGUGUUGGUAAAGAACACACCGAAAAUAGCUUGAAGGACUUACAAAAUGAGAUAGAAAAUCUUUGUUUAUCAUACGAAGAGAAAUCUGUCUAUCAAUGUCAGCCUGGGCUGAUGAAGAUGUUCAUUAACAGCGAAUUACCUAGUGCUAAAGAGUAUCUUCAAGGUAAAUUUAAAGUGGAUAAGAGUAGUGAUACACCUUCAAGGAUUAAGAUCAUCCCUAAAUCAAAUGAUGAUAAUGCAAAUGAUGAUAAUGCAAAAGGUUAUAAGAAUAUACUUUCUCCUGAAGAUAUGGAGAUGCUUUCUGUUUUUGGACCUUAUACCAUUGAAUGGAUUUUAAUUAAUGUUUUAAGUAGUUUGUUCAACAUUGAAAGUAGUGUAAGGUGUGCUAGUGUUAUCGAAAGGAUUGAAUCUCUGGUUCGUCAUAACGGUAAUAAAAUGAUGGAAAAAGCUGCCAAUAAAAAGAAAUCAAAAAAUCUUAUAAGUUAUCCUUUUGGUACUGCUUUGAUCGAAUUUUUGAUUGAACGAGGUCUGAUAGACCUUAAGGUUUUGGAUACUUCAGUUGAAAAUAAUACCGAUGUAAAAGUUAUCACUAUCGUUCCAGCGGUGUCUACGUUGAGUAUUUUGUAUACUAACAUCCAACGAGCUCGUUAUGAGCGAACCAUUCUAGAAAUGGCCUCAGCCUACGCUGGUUAUACAUUUUAUAUACCGGCAUUUCUUGACUUCCGUGGUCGAAUCUAUCGUAGUGGAAUCUUGCAUUUCCACGAGCGUGAUCUCGCACGGAGUCUUAUUCUCUUUGAUGCUAAAGAAUUUAUAAAUAAUUCUCAGUUUGUACUAGCACCUCAUGUAAUACAGGAAAUGCUUUAUUAUUAUCGAGCUGCUGGUGGGUUCCAUUAUAAGUCUUUCUCGACAAACCCUAUUGAUUCGGCUAACAUGUUUUUUACAGAUGUAGAAAAAUGUGUUAUUGAGGAGGUGGGUGAUAUUCAAAAAGACUCUUGUAGAGAGGAUGGUUUUUGUUAUGAUUCUGCUAUUGUUAUCACAAGCGCUAAAGCUAAAAACCCUUUUCAGUGGAUGAUGUUUUUGUGGGGUAUUUUUAAUAAAUCAGAAGAUUCGAAUUUUAUAUGCGGAGUGCCUAUUACCCAAGAUGCUUCGGCUAGUGCCUACCAAAUAAUGGCUUAUUUGCUGUUGAAUGAACCUAUGGCUAAAAGAACGAAUCUUAUAACCAACUCUGAGAAGCCAGACUCCAUAGCUGAUGUUUAUUCUGUUAUUAUGGAUGAUUUAAAGUCCUUCCUUAAUAAGGAAGAUCUUCCCGAUUCCGUCAAAGAAUUAUACAAUGAGUAUAUUGAUCGCAAAUUGGUAAAAAGUAUUUUUAUGCCUAUUAUCUACGGAAAGACUGAAAUGAGUACGGCGGGUAAUAUUAAAGCGGCGUUGAAGCCGUACUUUUAUCCCGCUUACAAAGAAAGCGCUGUGUUGGCCUCCCUCUGCUUCAAGUUUUUGAGGGAAUAUUACAAGGAAAUGGAUCAUUUGAUCCGUUUGAUUCGCCUUAUAGGUUGGUUUGCUUCUACCUGCGAUAGCAAUGUUGUCUACGAUACUCAAUUCUUUUCCACCUGCCAGGAUUUUUUGGUUAAGGAUUCCCAUAUCAUUUGGGUUUAUGACAAAAUAAGAAAGAAGAAACGUAUGGUUACUCUUAGACUCUCUUCUGACAAGAGAGAUCGUAAGAAGACUGAAGUGUCUACUUUCAUGAAUUUCAUCCAUCAAAAAGAUGCUUUAAUAGCUAUGAAGGUGGUUUUAAAUAUGCAAGGUCUAAAUGCUCCUAUUUACACCAAUGGUCUUGAUAAAAACAAACUUGGGGUGAAUAUCGAACAAUUCCCCUAUAUAGUUUUAACUGAAGAGUGUAUAGAUACUUUAUUUAAUUGUAUUUUACCUGAAACCUUUAAAAACAAGAAACAGAAGCUUAAAGUGUGGAAUGCCAACGUCUCUCGUUUUAAAACGUACUACUUUGGCUAUGUGCGCACUGUGUGCUGUGAGGAUCCAAGGAGUGGCUCUGUGGAUAUGAAAUGGGAUAAUCAUGAGAUUAAAUGGGAGCAAUUUAUGAGUAAGAUCGACGGGCAGUAUUGUGUGCAUUAUUAA